UGGGAGUGAGUCACUACAUAAAGAGCCGUUCUGCCAGAGCUGCAGGAGACACCUUCUGAACCAGAACUUCAUCUGCAGCAUUUCCUCCACUCUUUGACCCAAACAUGGCCAGAAACUUCGGAAGCAUCAGAACAAAUGAUGAGGAGCUGAGGAUAGUGAUGGUGGGGAAGACUGGGAUUGGGAAGAGUGCCACUGGAAACACCAUUCUGGGACGGCCUUGCUUUGAGUCAAAGUUCAGUGCAAAGUCCAUGACUGUGGACUGUUCCAAGGGCAGAACCACAGUGGAUGGACAACAAGUCGCUGUUAUCGACACCCCGGGCCUGUUUGACACCAGGUUUGGUCUGGAUAAAACAACUGAAGAUGUCUGCCAGUGCGUCACUUACGCUGCUCCUGGGCCUCAUGUGUUCCUGGUGGUCAUCAGGCUGGGCAGAUACACUGAAGAGGAAAAGCACACAGUGCAGAGAAUUCAAGAGAUGUUUGGCCAGGCUGCAGACAAAUACAGCAUGGUCCUCUUUACUCAUGGUGACCAGCUUGAAGGCACUAUUGAAGACUUCGUGGGGGAAAGCCCAGACCUGCAGGAACUUGUGGACAGAUGUAACGGCCAGUACCAUGUCUUCAACAAUAAGCUGAAGGAUCGCUCUCAGGUCACUGAGCUGCUCCAGAAGAUCCGAAAUGUAGCCCAGAAGAACGGAGGAAGCCACUACACCAACGAGAUGUUCCAAGAGGCUGAGAGGGUCGUUGAAGAGAAGAAACAAAGUAUCCUGAAAGAAAAAGAAGAGCAAAUACGCAAAGAGAAAGAGGAACUGGAGAGGAAACUAAGGAAGAAAUAUGAAGAAGAGAUGAAGAAAAUAAGUGAACAACUCCAGGCUGACAGAGAGAGGGAGAAGAAAGAGAGAGAGGAGGAGAUGAAGAGAGAACGAGAGAAGAUGAAUGAGGAGAGAUAGAGGGAGAAGGAAGAGAGAGAAGCAGAGAGAAAGAGAGAAAGAGAGGAGAAAGAAAAGGAAAUGGCAAAAAUUAAAGACCAGCAUGACAGAGAACUGAGAGAAGGAGUAGAAAAGAUGCAGUCAAAGUUUGAAAGACUGGAGAGAGAAAGAGAAUUGGCAAAAAUUAAAGAACAGUAUGACAGAGAGAGGGAGAAUAAAGAAAGAGAGGAGCAAAUUAAGAGGAACAUGGAUCAGAUGAAUGAGGAGAAAAAGCGUGAGAAGGAAGAGAGAAAGAGAGACAGAGAGGAGAGAGAAAGAGAAUUGGCAAAAAUUAAAGAACAGUAUAACAGAGAACUGAAAGAAGGAGUAGAAAAGAUGCACAAUAAGUAUGACAAAGAGGCCAGAGAGGAAGCUGAGGGGUUCAAUCUACUGUAUCCUUUGGUGAAAGCUGGUGAAUGUGUAGUUGAAGGAGUCAGAAAAUUUGGCAGGUUGCUUGGGGGGAUUUUCUCAUUUUGAUUUAUCACACAGUACAAAAGUAGCACAUUCAGGAAUAUGUGGAACAACAAAACAUAUCCUACGACAUAAUCUACAUUUCCCUUGACCCAUCAUAUUAUACUCUCACAUUGAAAUAUUUUUUCAUUAUUCUUUUGAUAAGGCCUAAGGAGUUAUUUAGUGUGUGAAAUGUUUGAGUAUCAUUUUGCAUUUUGCACGGUCUGUCGUUAAAGCAUUCUUUGAGAAAGUUAUGUAAGACUGUAUCACAUGGUACACUGAAGUGGUAAUAAACAUGUACUAUUAUGACCAAACAUUUUCCAGAGAAAUCAUUAACUGUUCAACAAGAGGUUGAAAGGACUCAAGUCUUCAUUGAAAAUAAAAAAAGACACAGAUGAACCCCAAUGAAAAUUAGCAAAGGUCUAGAAUCUCUUGUCUGGUUGUGCUCGUAACAACUGACAGUGAACUUGGUGUAACUCUAAAAAUGUGACAAGAUGUGGAGCAUCAUUCCAAGUGAUUAUUAUCUCCUCAGCUCAGUCCUCUUUCUAAGAUUUGACUUGUGAACUUUUCAAUCCGCUUUCACAGCUCUGCAGUCACAUAUAAUGUAGAAACAACAGAUAUCACAAAACCCCCUUUUCUUCUUGUGCUGCAACUCCAACAUUUACGAUCUAAUAAAAUGCCUAGAAUGUGUACGUCCUGCCCUCCGUUCACUUUUCUACAGUGUUUUUAAGGUGAGUCCCACUUGGGUUAAAGCCCAGUCGUGAUACGUCAUCAUCACAGGACAUGAACAAAUGUUGGUCACACUCAGCAGCUCUGAGUUGGGACACAACACUGUAUUCUGUUUAUUUCCCUUCUCAGGCCACAGGGGAGCUGCUGUGCCGUAUUUCCUGCAGUGUGCUGCUAUUUCUUGUAAAUGUUGGAUGGAGGUGAGCAGGUGAAGUGUGUCCUGCAGAGGGAGCGAAUGAAGCAGAUCAAGUGUGUUAAUCGGUGGACUGUUUAGCUGUAAUAUGGAGGAUUACACUUGACUGGUUUUCAGAAAAGUAACUGAAUCAUUUAAUGAGAUCGUUCUUUCAGAAAUGUUUCUCCUAUGCAUUAUUUGACCAUUUUGUAAUUAUUCAAAAAUGUGUAUGUAACUUCUAAGACGUUUGUUGAAGGGACUGUGUUUAUUUGCACACAAUCGCAGCUCAUUUCUAUCAUAAUGUAACCCCUCCCCUGCAACUGUCGCUUAGAGACAGUGCAGAAUAUACAGAAUAUAGGGGGGUAUUCAAAUUCAAUCCAGGUUCGAUGAGGAGACUGGUGAGUAUUCAAUUGGAAACAGGAAAUGUCCACCCCAAAUUACGCUUAACACAACAGAUUUAUUUAUAGUUUAGAAUCAUUUCUGCAGCAAAUGCACGAUUCCACACAUCAAAAGAAUGUCCAAGCAGGUAAUAUAAAAAAUUAAAGAAAACCUCUGAGAUCUCAUGAAUAAGUUCGAUCGGGAAAAAACAUAUAAAAGAGGGAGUAUCGUCCAAAAAAAAAGAAGUCCUACCACCCUUCUGUGCACAACCAAAGUCAAGUCAAAGGGACUCCAGGCGCACUGUGACGUCCGAUGUGAGGGUUCUCUUGGUGGUGGAUGGAUGAAGAUGAUGAAGAUGUGGUGGCAGACCGGACAGUACUUCUGGUUCCAGUGAAGGAUAUCCCCCCAAAAAAAAGCCAUGUUCAAAGGUUUUAUCAUCUUCCUCGAAACUCCCGGCGUUAAAUGGCUCGUGCUUCAAUAUUCAAAUUAAAGUUGUUAAUUUUUCAAUGAA